AUGAUUACAACUCGAUGGGCGCAGAAGCUAAAGGCUAAGACUCAAAUGGCAACUCAACAGAGGAUUGAGGCCAGUGAAAGAUGUGAACAGUUUUUUCUUUGGAGGAUGUUUAACGAUCCGGAACAAGUGGGCCUCAAGUUGAUGGCGAACCGUCGAAGCGCGCAGCCAGUCGUCUCAGCCUUGAGCUUCUAUUUCCAGGAAAUUGUAGCCCAUCUGGAAAGAUAUAACAAUGUGAUGGACACCCAUGGCGAUUACAUCGAUGGAUGUUCACCAAAGCGUCAUUAA